UGUUAGUACUUAGUAGUCAGUACGAAGCGCAACUCAAUCGUUAGUGGUUGCAUUGUCGGUCACGCCGUGCACGCUCUACAACAUUGAUACGAAAUUCAAAAAUCGAACAUUAAUGAACUUGUGUUUUAUAAUGACAUUAGUGGUUAAGAAACAAUGUUUAUGCAGCCAGACACUGUUCCCGGCAAACUGGACGAGGGUUUCAGUAGACCAGUGGAAUCCAUAAUGAGAUGCGAGGAUUUCAAGAGUAAUUUCGCUAGAAAAUUGUCUAAUCGGUACAUAUCGAGGCCUGUAUCGAAUCCAAGACAGGACAGCGGUUUGAAACAACGUUCAGCCGACAAAGUUCAAAAUGUACCGGAAAGAAUUGAACCGAGUCAACUUUCAAAAACUAUCACUCUUCAGAGCAAUGACGCUGCUAAACAACCUGAUAAACAAACAACAAAUUCUGAUAUAAGGAACACCGAAGUUAAUGCAUUGAACAUGGAAGUGGAAACAUUGCGAUGGCAACUAUCUCAGACUGAGUCAAACAGACAGAUGCACAUAGCAUUACUAAAACAAAUAGUAACAUUCCUGAGUCGAGUGAAGGAACACAUUGAAUGCCAAAAACCAGAAGACCUGAAGGAAUUAUCGCGAAUGCAGAGAUCAUUCAAUCUUGCCGAUUUACCUCGCUCCAGAUCAGUCCUGUAUGUGAACAAGAAUGCUGAUUACUCAUUAAGUCCCACCAAAAAGAUAAACACAAGAAAAAUAAGUAAAUCCAUAAAUAACGUUAACGGAUACAAGGAGUGCAGUGUAUGGAGUCAAUCUAAAUUAUCAUUGACAUCUGAAACAGAAACUGCGCAGAAAUUGACCGAGGAAAUGUCUAGAUUGAUUACUCUUGCCAAUACCGUACUGAGCACAAAAUUGCCAGAUUUAGCUUGCACGUGUAGUAAUACUGACAUAAGUGGAAAAAACCAGGAUAUUGUUGAAGCUAGGCGUGACAAGAACGUUUCUACUGCCUCGCUAGAUCUCAUUGAAGAAAACGCAACUGCAUAUCUAUUGAACACAAUUUGUGAUAACGAAGACAACUAUCAAACAAUUUCGAACAAAUAUCUAGAAGCAAAAGAUAAGAUCAACCCUGAUUUCAUUGACAUGCCAUCUUCUGUAACAUGUGGGUUAGAAAAUAAUUUCACAAAUAUUAAAAUAGAUGAACAAGUUCCAAAGUCGGGCGUGUUAAAUGGAAAACUUGAUAAAUCAGUUGAUAAAACAAACGAAUAUAAUAAUGCUGUCAAUUUUAUGGAGGACGAAAGUGGAUUCUCCUCGAUGAGUUCAUUCCAAGAGAUUGGUAUACCCAUUAUUAGUAUUAUACCACCGUCGCCUUGCAAAGAAGUAGGCUAUCAUUUAGAGGAGUUCACGGAUAUUCUGAAUCAAGCAGAAAAGUGGAAGAACGAUUCUGUAGAGUUAGACAAACAAACUGUUAAAGUGUUUUGGGUUUGAUUUAAAUGGUACAAAUUAUACAGGGUCUAACACAGUCGGUGGAUGAACCUCUUCCUCUUUACAGCUCAUAUGUAUCACAAGACUACCAUUUUUUCAAACAAGUGCAUUAAUUAGGGCUGAAAGAUUAGGUAUGGAAUAGAGCGCGGGAUGUCGAGCAAAGCGGGAGGUUUCUGUGCCUACAUUAUUUUAGCCCCGCAUCAAAUGAAAAUGAAAUAUUGUAUCAGCUAAAUAUUAAACGAAAAA